CGAGAGCCUAUAAAACGGGGGAAAGACAACAGCAGGAUCUAGCAAAGGCAGAGAACGUGAGAAAUUCCAGGAACUGCAGUGUGUCCAUCUGUCCGUCCCGUGUGACUGAAACUAAAUCAGAUUAAGGAUGUUGGGCUGUGGAUGUGUGCUGCUCUCAGGUCUGUUAACGCUGACCUUGUUCCACUGCAGUACUGAAAGUCUUCAUAUACCCCAGGAAAGACCAGAGUAUGUGAGAACAUCUGGCGUGGAAGACCGUCGUGUCCAGCGAGGUCAACCUGAGCAGAAGACCCCAGGAACCGUAAACGCAAAACUGCUCCUGUUCGACCAGCUGGUCCGGCUGGAAAACGAUGUGAUUGAGACCAAGAGAAAACGCAGUUUUCCCGGAUCCAACACACCACUUGACCGGCUGUCCAUCAGCACCAUGGAUCCCAAGAGCAACAAGCAGAGGAAGGUUGAGUUGCCACGACGAAAAGUUAGCGUUCCAAUCGAUCGGAUCGGAGUCGGCCGUCUUCCCAGCAGCCGAGGAUAGACUCCGCCUCUGACAAACAGAUGAGGGAUGUCGCAGGUAGAAGAUACGCAUGAUAAAGCACACCAGCUAUCACAAAUCACUAACCAUUGAACAAUCUCCACAGGCUGACGCAAAAUUAUCUUACUCAAUGAUUACUUUAACUUUCAACUUUGACCACACGAUGUCUGUUGUACUCCUAAUCCUUUCAUUUUUCCAUUUAAACUUUAUUUAUCCAAUGAAGUGAUGUGUCCGUUCUACGUCCUUUAUGAUGUAAUCAGAGCCAUUUGCCAACCAGAGCAGAAUCUGCUUAUAGCUUUUAUUGCACAUGUCUUUAUUUACUCUAAUGCCCGGUGCUCGCUUUCUGUAAUGUACUGUAUUGUUGUUUUCUGACUUUGACUGGAGGUUGAACAUGUGAGUUCAGCUUUGACAAUAAAACCGACAAAAUGUUUAACUUU